AUGGCUGUCGAGAGGUACGAGCGUGACCCGGAGUAUCGCUUCUUACACGAGUUUAUUUCAGACAUUUUUGCAGAGUGCUUGAAGUCCGAUAUUGAAAAACUGAAGCACUCUGAUGAUUAUGAUGAUGAGAAAGACAACUGGUCGAAGAUAACCGAUGCUGCAACCAGUUGCCUUUCCAUGGGCACCAACUUUAAUGACCCCACUCUGCUAAGGCAGAGCAUAGCGAGGAAGGUUUUUCCCCGAGAAUCAUACCCAGAAUACCAAGGUGUUGAGGAGACCGAUUAUGCAGACUCUGUCCUAGAUCGCCUGAAAAAGGAGGUUUUGCUGCCCUUGGACAAGUUGGACAAGGCCUACGAAUCUCAAGACCGUGUAGUUGAGAAGUAUUUGGAGGAGGUGAAAGCUGGAAAGUCCAAGAUUGCACCAGAUGCUUUGCUUCCGCAUCAAAUCAUAAGGUAUGUGAAUCACUGGAAUUUCGGGCAAGUGGCUGAGCUUCAGUGGAAGGCCAUGGUGGAGGGUAUAAAAAAGCAAGGCAAAUUAAACAGCAAGAAGAUACUCAACAACUGCUUGGCUGUAUGCAACCUCCGGGACAUGUUCAAGCCCGGGAUGCACAGCAUGGACGUGACCGUGGGGUUUACACUUUUGAUGUCUGAACUGAAUGAAGAGCCAUGGAAAGGAAAGGUGAUCCAUUUCAGUUCGAAUCCUCAGCUACAUCUGAUAAAAGGCGAUGAACUUACUUACAGGUGCGACUUUUUGACAAGGAGAGUGCCCUGGUGUUGGAAGGUUGACUUUGAGAAGGUGCUUGAUUUGAUUCUAGAAGAGGCUUUGAAUGGGAAUUUGAAGCCAGAGCAGGUGAUCAAGAAGGUGUUUGUCUUCACCGAAUCUACAGACUUCGAUAAUGCUAGAUCCAAGCCUAAUGAUGAGGAGUCUGAUGACGAGGAUUCAGAUAAUAGUUGGAAGACUAUUUAUGAGGGAAUACAGAGAAAGUAUAAGGAGAGUUGA